CUCCCGCUCCCCUGGAACCAUUGUUGGCGAAAAAAGUCGAGACGGUUUCUACAACGUUAAAUACGUCCUCCCUCCCGCCAGUUUGGAGACCAUUUUUUGCAGGACGACAAGAUCCCGAGCUUCAAUCCACGACUCGACGGUGACUUGGCUCUCGUUACCCCACGACGCCUUUUUUCUUCCUUCUCGCAAUCCUCUGCUCCCGCGCAGAAUGGGUCUCAUCCAGGACCUUGGAGGCCCGCUGGCCGAGGGCUUCGCGCGUCUCGGACUGGCCUCGCAAAUCGGUGUCGCGAUCGGAGGCUUCCUGUUUCUGAGCAUCUUCUUGAACGUGCUCAAGCAGGUGCUCAUCAAGAACCCCAAUGAACCUCCCCUCGUCUUUCACUGGUUCCCCUUCGUGGGCAGCACCAUCACCUACGGCAUGGACCCUCCGCGCUUCUUCCAGGAGAACAGGGAAAAGUACGGCGAAUGCUUCACCUUUAUUCUGCUCGGCAAGAAGACGACCGUCUACGUCGGACCCAAGGGCAACGAGUUCAUCCUGAACGGCAAGAUCCGCGACGUUUGCGCCGAAGAAAUCUACACGGUGCUCACCACCCCCGUCUUCGGCAAGGAUGUCGUCUAUGACUGCCCGAACUCGAAGCUCAUGGAGCAAAAGAAGUUCAUGAAGGUUGCCCUCACUACCGAGGCUUUCCGCUCCUAUGUCCCCAUCAUCUCGGACGAGGUCACCAACUACUUCAAGCGGACCGCCGACUUCAAGGGCCAGUCUGGUGUCGUCAACAUCUGCCCCAAGAUGGCCCAGAUCACCAUCUUCACCGCCUCUCACGCGCUGCAGGGCAAGGAAAUCCGCGACAAGUUCGACGUGACCCUGGCCGACCUCUACCACGACCUCGACAUGGGCUUCUCCCCCAUCAACUUCAUGCUGCACUGGGCUCCGCUCCCGUGGAACAACCGCCGCGACCACGCGCAGAGGACCGUCGCCAAGAUCUACAUGGACACCAUCAAGUCGCGCCGCGAGCAAGGAGAGACGGACGCGCAGGAUAUCAUGUACCACCUGAUGAACUCGACCUACAAGAACGGCGUCAAGGUCCCCGACCACGAGAUCGCCCACAUGAUGAUCGCGCUCCUGAUGGCCGGCCAGCACUCUUCGUCGUCCACCAGCUCCUGGAUCAUGCUCUACCUCGCUGCCCGCCCCGACAUUAUGGAGGACCUCUACCAGGAGCAGAUCAAGAACCUCGGCGCUGACCUCCCCCCCCUCAAGUACGAGGACCUGGCCAAGCUUCCGCUCAACCAGGCCGUCAUCAAGGAGACCCUCCGCCUGAACGCCCCGAUCCACUCCAUCAUGCGCGCCGUCAAGCAGCCGAUGCCGGUCCCCAACACCAAGUACGUCAUCCCGACCAGCCACGUCCUCCUCGCGGCGCCGGGCGUCUCGGCGGCGGACUCGCAGUACUUCCCGCAGCCGGACCUCUGGGAGCCGCACCGGUGGGAGAAGGAGUCGCCGCUGGCGCCCAGCAUCGUGCGCAACGACGAGCCGGAGGAGGCCGACGACGACAAGGUCGACUACGGCUACGGCCUGGUCAGCAAGGGCGCCGCCUCCCCCUACCUGCCCUUCGGCGCCGGCCGCCACCGCUGCAUCGGCGAGAACUUUGCCAACGUCCAGCUGCAGACCAUCGUCGCCAUGACGGUGCGCCUCUUCAAGUUCCGCAAUGUUGAUGGCAGCAACAAGGUCAUCGGCACCGAUUAUGCUUCGCUCUUCUCGCGCCCGCUCGAGCCGGCGAACAUUCACUGGGAGAGGAGGGAUAAGGAGUAAGGUUGGGGGUUGAGGGAGUCGAAGUAAUGUCACGGGAAUACAUGGAAAGGGAGGGGUCAAGUUAAGAAAGGGGCUGAUGAUGAUUUCGGCGUUGGCUAUAUGUAGAUAUGCUGGACAUGACCGGACCGGGGGACAAGCAAACUGGUCGGAUCUGGAUUGGCCAACCGGCCCAGAGGAAGAAGCAUAGAAUAUUAAUCCUUAAUACUCGUCCAUGG